AUGCCUCAGGCUGCUGGUCUCCAUGCUCACAACCUCUUUCGGUUGGAGUGUCCAGCUCCAAAUUGCACGCGCUGGUUCAAAAAUCGCUCAGGUCUCACGCAACAUAUGAAUGCAUACCACCCCAUAAACAAUGUCACACCAGCUCCAGGACCGUGCCUUCAAGAUGUCCCUCUACCACCCCAGCCAUCACCUCCCCCUCGAGAAUUUGUGUCGCCCCCUCCAGAUUUUGACCCCCCACCCCAGUCAUCACCUCUGAGGUAUCCCAGCCACAGACCAACAGUCGAUGACAAGGGAGAUGAAGAGGCUGAAUUCACGGAUCCCAGUGGGCGAUACUAUUGUACGUACCACUCAGUACUCAAUGGACGACCUUGUACAGCCGAUGGUGUGUUUCUACCACCUGGUGCGCCCCCAACUCUUCCACCACCCAAGUCCGCUCAUGAUUGGAGCCCAUACUGUAACAACAUCGAGUUUGCAACAGCCGAGUUUACGUUCAAACAACAUCACAUGUCCAAUGCGGCUGCAGAUACACUAUUCGAUUUAAUGGCUGCACUUCUGGCUAAGCACAACGACAAUCCUCCAUUCGCUGACCAUAAAGACUUACACAAGGGAUUCUCAGUCAAAUACUCAGGAGAACGUCCUGAGAACAUCCCGUCAUGGAUGGAUGAUGAGUAUGACGUCUGGUACAGGGAUCCCCGCAUGAUGGCACACAACAUACUAGCAAAUCCCACCUACAAGAAGGAGAUCGAUUAUACACCAUUCUGUGAGUAUGAUGCAGCUGAUGACACACGCCGAUGGAAAGAUUUUAUGUCUGGAGACUGGGCAUGGCAACAAGCUGACGAGAUAUCAAAGGAUUCAAACACGCAUGGAUCAACAUUCGUGCCAAUUAUUCUCGGUAGCGACAAGACUACCGUCUCUGUGUGCACAGGAAACAAUGAAUACUAUCCCCUGUAUGCAUCAAUCGGCAAUGUACACAACAACGUACGGCGUGCCCACCAUGAUGCCCUCGUUAUCAUCGGUUUCCUUGCUAUACCAAAAACGAAUAGGAAAGACGCUAAAGAAGAUAUAUUUCAGAACUUCCAUCGCCAACUAUUCCACUGCUCAUUAUCUACCAUUCUCUCCAGUCUGAAACCUGGGAUGACCCAAUAUGAGGUCCUGCACUGCGGGGAUGGUCACUUUCGACGUGUCAUUUAUGGUCUAGGACCAUACAUAGCGGACUAUGAGGAGCAGCUGGUAUUGUCUUGUAGCGUCAAAAAUUGGUGUCCAAAAUGUCUUGCACUUCGAUUAGAUCUUGAUGGCGGCGACACGUUGUGGUUCAAAUAUGGUGUCAAUAGCCACGUCACUUUAUUAUCAUUUGAUCUCCUCCACCAACUCAUCAAAGGUGCCUUCAAGGACCAUCUCGUGGAUUGGGUAGUGAAAUACCUCAGGAUUACACACAGUACCAAACAAGGAGAUGAAAUUAUGGCUGAUAUAGACCGCAGAAUUGCCGGUGUAGCAUCAUUCCCUGGUCUACGGAGAUUUCAUGAAGGCCACGACUUCAGACAGUGGACAGGGAACGAUUUGAAAGCGUUGAUGAAGGUUUUCAUUCCGGCUAUCGAAGGCCACGUACCUCAAGAUAUGACACCAUGA